AUGGCAUGGUGGACUCAACUCAAAGAAUCUCGGCGUCGCUCAGGAAAAUCAAAAAUUGAUUCAUGGGAAAAACUUAAAAAAUAUAUGCGUCGAAGUUUUCUUCCUUACAAUUAUGAGCGCACAUUGUAUACAAAGCUGCAGAAUUUACGUCAAGGAUCACGCACAGUGGAUGAGUAUGCUACAGAUUUUUUUGAGAUGGUUGCUCGUACUACGUUACUUGAGACAGAAGACCAACUCGUUUCCAGAUUUAUUGGUGGUUUACGAACACAACUUCAAGUACCUUUGCAGCAAUUUAAUCCAACAACAGUUUCUGAAGCUCAUCAACGUGCGUUAGGGAUGGAGAUACAAUACCGAUCUAAUUGGGGCUCAACAGGUUCACGCACUCGCUUUCAACCUCAACUUCAAAGUGAAUUUAGUGUUACUCAGCCAACAGACUCUGUUGCGACACGUCCUAAUGUAUCAAAAGCAGGGGCUCCGGCUGAUUCAAUUGCUGCAUCUCGUCAGCCUCGAACUGGUGCUUUACGUUGCUACAGUUAUGGUGAGAAUGGACACAGACAGACUGCUUGCCCCAAUCAGACUCGUCGCGGACUACUUACUCAAGAAACAGAGGUCAAUGAUGAACCUCGCUUUGAUGACUACCUUUCGGAUUCAAACCAAGAACAUGAUAUCGAUAUCAUUGGAGGAGAUACAGGAAAUGGGUCACAAAUGUUGGUUAUUCGCCGGAAUUGUCUAAUGCCGCGAUCAACAAAAGAAUCAUGGCUCCGUACAGCCCUUUUCCGCUCCACAUGUACAAUCAAAGACAAAAUUUGCAAGAUCAUCAUUGAUUCUGGUAGCUGUACUAAUGCUAUUUCCGAAGAGGCUGUUCGUAAAUUAGGGAUAAAAUCAGUAUCUCAUCCUGCUCCCUACCCACUCGCUUGGCUCAAUAAUGGAACAGACAUCCGUGUAUCAAAACAAGCAUUGGUAUCAUUCUCCAUUGGCGUUUAUAAGGAUUCUGUGUAUUGCGAUAUACUGCCAAUGGACGCUUGUCAUCUCUUGUUAGGUCGCCCGUGGCAAUUUGACCGCGCCACAAAUCAUAAUGGAAAGGACAACACUUAUAGCUUCACGUUUGAAGGUCGUACGGUCACAUUACUUCCAUCUAAAGAAGUAACAGAGCUUUCUCCUCCAUCAUCACAUAUGCCUAUUCUUCAUUCGUCAUCACUUCCUUCACAGUCAUUAUUGAUUCUCCCUAAAUCUGCUUUUGAGAGUCAAAUAAGAGAAUCAGACAUGAUUUUGGUAUUGGUAGCGUCACCGUCUACAAAAUUCACGUUGUCAUCGGUUCCUCCCGCUUUUGAUGAGUUGCUAUCAGAAUUUCAUGAUGUCUUUCCGGAGACAUUACCUUCGGAGCUGCCACCAUUACGUGAUAUACAACACCACAUAGACCUUGUCCCUAAUUCAGUGUUACCAAACCGUCCGCAUUACCGAAUGAGUCCACAAGAGCAUGACGAGUUACGUCGCCAAGUAGAGGAGCUGUUAGUCAAAGGACAUGUUCGCGAGAGCCUAAGCCCCACUGCAGUUCCAGCCUUACUAAUCCCAAAGAAAGAUGGCUCUUGGAGAAUGUGCGUUGAUAGUCGCGCCAUUAAUAAAAUUACAGUUCGGUAUCGUUUUCCUAUUCCACGUUUGGAUGAUUUGUUAGAUCAAAUUGGGCGCUCUACCAUAUUCACGAAAUUAGAUCUCAAGAGUGGAUAUCAUCAAAUUCGAAUUCCGCCCGGAGAUGAAUGGAAAACGGCUUUCAAGACACGUGAAGGUCUAUUUGAGUGGAUGGUUAUGCCGUUUGGUCUCUCUAACGCACCUAGCACAUUUAUGCGUGUGAUGAACCAAUCUCUUCGUCCUUUUAUAGGGAAGUUCGUUGUUGUUUACUUUGAUGACAUUUUGGUGUUUAGUGACGAGUUGCAAAGUCAUUUGAAGCAUUUGGAGUCCGUACUUCUUGUUUUAAGACGAGAGAAACUGUUUGCUGCUCGACAAAAGUGCGUCUUUGGCGCAGAUCAGGUCUUGUUUCUUGGUUAUAUAGUGUCUUCUCGUGGCUUGGAAGUGGACCCUAGUAAGGUAGAAGCUAUCAAAUCAUGGCCUCCAUUUCGUGUGGUGUAUGGAAUUGUUCCACGUGGACCUGUGGAUUUAAGUGUCACACCAGAUGCUACUCGUGAUCACGGUCAAGCUGUGGAUUUUGUUAUCGACUUAUCAUUCAUUCAUGCACAAGUCCAUGACAAUUUACAGGUCUCAUCUGCCAAAUACAAGGCUGAAGCUGAUCGUCAUCGCCGUGAUGUUCAAUUUCGUGUGGGUGAUCUUGUGUGGGCAGUCUUGACACGCGAUCGUUUUGCUCCACGUGAUUAUAAUAAGCUUAAGGCGAGGAAGAUAGGACCUUUGGAGGUCUUGGAAAAAAUCAAUGCAAAUGCAUAUCGUGUUAAGCUUCCACCUCAUGUUCGUUGUUCCGACGUGUUUAACGUGAAACACCUUGUUCCAGACUUUUCACCAGAAGAACCUGAAGAUUCGAAGUCGAAUCUUCUUCUACCUGGGGUGACUGAUGCAGGGAGCAUCUAG